CAAAAAAAAAACGUCAUAAGUCUAAAGCGAAAAUUCGAUAAAAAGAAAAUCCUUGCGACAAACAACUUCACGGGACUUGUGCAAAGCGCAGUCAAAGAACUUUAUAAAUAAUACUAUAACAAAAAAAAAAAACAAAAACAAAAGAAAACAAAAGAAAGAAAUUAAAAAUUCAAAGAUAUAAGCACAUAUAUUGUAAGCAUAACCAAGCAAGCAGUGAGAUUAAAUACUAAGCGCAAACGAACAACAACAAGAACAACUACCGGGUGCAACUAAAGGCAGUAACAACAGUACCAGCAAUAGUAACAGUAACAGUAACAGGAGCAGUAACAGGAGCAGUAACAGGAGCAGUAACAGUACCGGUAGCAGUAUCAGUAACAAAAACAGUAGCAGUACCGGCAACAGUUGCUAGUAUUACCGUACCAAUAAUAGUAACAGUUGCAGUAACAGUUGCAAGUACAAUUGCAACAUCAAAAUCACCAUUAGCACCAUUAACGGCAAUAGCAACAAGGACGAGAACAUGACCAACGCAAUGGACAUUGUGAAGAACGGUAGCGCCAAUGGAUCCGUUGAUGGCAGCAAUGAUGAGUCGCGCACCAAUUUGAUAGUCAACUAUCUGCCACAAACCAUGACGCAAGAGGAGAUGCGUUCGCUCUUCUCUAGCAUUGGUGAGUUGGAGAGUUGCAAACUGGUGCGAGAUAAAGUCUCAGUCUUGCCAGCAUCAUUGACCGCACUCAAUCCGGCUCUGCAACAGGGCCAGAGUUUGGGCUAUGGAUUUGUUAAUUAUGUGCGUGCCGAGGAUGCUGAGAAGGCUGUGAACACCCUGAACGGUUUGCGUUUGCAGAAUAAGGUUAUUAAAGUAUCAUACGCCCGUCCAAGUUCAGAAUCUAUAAAGGGUGCUAAUUUAUAUGUAUCGGGUCUUCCGAAAAAUCUAUCACAACCAGACUUGGAGGGGAUGUUUGCAUCGUUUGGCAAAAUAAUUACAUCUCGUAUACUCUGUGAUAAUAUUUCUGGUCUAUCGAAGGGUGUCGGUUUUAUCCGUUUCGAUCAACGCAACGAAGCUGAACGCGCCAUACAGGAGCUGAACGGUAAAACGCCCAAGGGCUAUGCCGAGCCGAUAACAGUUAAGUUCGCCAACAAUCCAAGCAAUAGCGCCAAGGCCCAAAUUGCUCCACCCCUCACCGCCUAUUUGACGCCCCAGGCGGCAGCGGCAACACGUCGACUGGCCGGUGCCCUACCUUCAGCCGGACGUAUCAGAUACUCACCGCUGGCUGGUGAUCUGUUGGCCAAUUCGAUAUUGCCGGGCAAUGCGAUGACCGGAUCCGGUUGGUGCAUAUUCGUCUAUAAUCUGGCACCCGAGACCGAGGAGAAUGUACUAUGGCAGCUAUUCGGGCCAUUUGGUGCGGUGCAAUCGGUCAAGGUCAUUAGGGAUCUGCAGACCAGCAAAUGCAAGGGAUUCGGAUUCGUUACAAUGACCAACUAUGAUGAGGCUGUCGUCGCCAUACAAUCACUCAACGGAUAUACCCUCGGCAAUCGUGUGUUGCAGGUUAGCUUUAAGACUAACAAAACCAAAACCACUUAAAAAACGAACACUAUCUAUCUAAUCUAUUCGAGUUUUGUAUUGAGAACAACAAACUGAAUGUAUUUUUUGAUUUGGCCAACUCUAUAAUCUCUCUCUAGCAAAAUCGAGAAAACCUCUUAAGGAUAUAUAUAUCAAAUAUAUCAGAUUGAUCAAACCAAAAAUAACUACUAUGGCAUUUGACAGCGAGUUGUAGUCGUAAUUGAAAUGCACAAAUAUACUGUAUAUAGUCAAGUAUAUAGUAUAUAUGUGUGUUUACCUAUAUAUUGAUUUGUAUGCUAAGCGAAGUUAUUGAUCAUUAAUGAAAUCUUAGCGAAAAUUUUUAUAUUUUUUCUGUUUUUCUUUUGUGGGAAAUUAAAUAAUUUACCAUUUUUUUUUUAUUAUUUAAUAACACACACGCACACACAAAAAGUACUAUAAAAUACUAAAUAAAAAACAAAGCUUAAAAGAGGCAACAAACACAAAGAACAACAAAUGUCUAUACAUCAAAUACCAAAUAAAGAAAAAAAGAAAAAAAAAA